UACACAUUAUGUGACUGAUUUCGUGUAAUUCAUAGAAUAAAAAAACAAGUUUGCGACAAUGGUGGAUCCAACGAUUGACCAAAUGACUCGACUGAAGCUAAAGCUGCUGGAAAAGAGACUGGAGAAUGAGAGAGAUGAAAGAGGAGCUUCUGCACUUUCCAUGAGAAGUUAUGACGGACAGACAGACGCAUUACACAGCGCUCUGAGACGUAAGAGAGACCUGCUGCGAAGACUGAGGGAGCAGCAUGUGUUAGAGGAGCUUGGAAGGCCGCAUACGUGGGCUGGACCCCGCAGACACCAGCAUUACGACUCUUUACCUGCUCCUCCUGUUCAUAUCUAUCAGUCACCUUCUCCUGCUGCUCCUCCCGCUGCUCCUCUUCCACCUCCACCACCUCCAAGAAUCAUCCAGCACACUAUUCCCCAGCAGCCCGCCACCAUUAUCCAGCAGCUGCCUCAGCAGCAGCCCCUAAUAGCGCAGAUUCCACCCCCCCAGCCUGUCCCACAUAGAUCAGGAAGCAUUAAAGAAGACAUGGUGGAGUUGAUGUUAAUGCAGAAUGCUCAGAUGCACCAGAUCAUUAUGCAUAACAUGAUGCUAAAGGCACUUCCUCCAAUGGCCUUCGCUCAGAGUGGUCCAGGGAGUCCGUACACAGGCCAGGAGAGCUUUAUAAAGCCCAGGGGAGGGGCCAUUCAUCAUCAUCAUCACUACAGCCCUCCACCGCUCCCUCCCAUCCCUCCCAGUAGUUACUCAGCUUGGCCGGCAGGACGGGGCGGAGCCUAUCAGCCAUCCAUUCAUCAUGUAACUGGCCCUGUGACUCUUCCUGCCCUAAACCCAAUGACCAUUGCUGGACUGAAGUGAGCCUCCUGUGCUUCUCUCAACUUCAAUGAAGAACAGAACUUACAGGACAAACACACACUGCAGGCUGAAAAAUGUUCUUGUGACUGAAUUAUACCAUAGAAUAAAGCUGUGU